CUGAUUAAUGUCACAACAUCUUCCACAGAAUGGCAGAUAACGGGAAGACAGCAGAGAAGGACACAGAGGCAUCACAGGAACAACAGAGUGUGGUAUCCCGAGUGAGCAACCUGCCGCUGGUGAGUUCAGCUUGUGGUGCGGUGUAUAAUGCCUACAGCUCUACUAAAGACAGCGUGCCGCUCCUGAAAGGAGUAAUGGAGGUUGCAGAGAGUGGGGUGCGCAUGCUGGGCGCUGCUGCUUCAACAGGUUCCAAACCCAUACUAGACCGACUGGAACCUCAGAUUGCAGUGGUAAAUGAAUAUGCCAUUAAAGGGCUGGAGAAGGUAGAAGAAAACCUUCCAAUUUUACAUCAACCAGCAGACAAGCUGGUAUCCGACACAGUGGGCAUGGUGUACCAGUCAGUAACAGGAGCAAAGGAUGCUGUGGUGGGGGCUGUGCUGGGUGGUGUGGAAAAGACACGUAUGGCUGUGACUGGUGGCAUAAACACUGUCAUGGGGACCCGUGUAGGCCAGAUGGUCAGUAAUGGUGUAGAUAAGGCCCUCACCCAAUCUGAAGACUGGGUGGAUCAGAACCUUCCAAUCAGUGAAAAGGAGCUUGCUGCACUGGCUGAACCAAGACCAGGUGAGGAGGAAGGAUUCAUAGUAACUACUAGACCCAGCUAUUUUGUCCGCCUGGGUAAACUGUCUGCCAGAGUUCGGGAGAGGGCGCUUGAGCAGUCUCUCAUUAGGGCCCGCAAAGGCAGAGACACUACGCAUGCAGCUGUGACUCAAAUGACCAGCACUAUGGACCUGCUGGAAAGUGCCCGGGUUACCUUGGCCAGUGCCAACCAGCAGCUAGGAGGCGCUCCGGAGCAGUUACUGCAGAGAUGGAAAGAAUGGAAGGAAGGGCAGCCCAAAGAACUGCAGGAGAAUGUAACAGCUGAGACAGAGGUGGAUACAGCAAAAGACAAGGAAGAGGAGCUGGAGUCGAGAGCCCUGUCGAUGGUACGGGGUUUGAGUGAUCAGCUGAAGGUGGCAUGUUCAGGGGUUGUGUCCAGUGUACAGGGUCUUCCAGGCACUGUGCAGGAACAGCUUCUGAAUGCUCGACAUACAGCUGGAGAACUCCAGGCAUCACUGAGCAGCACCAAAACACUCACACCCAUGCUCUUAGAGCAGACACGGCAGCAGAUCGGCCAGGUACGACAGUCACUGGAUGGAGUCGUGGAGUACCUUCUCAAUAACACUCCUCUCAAUUGGCUGGUUGGGCCUUUUGCGCCUCGGAUAACAGAGAAAGGCGAUUGAAAAUGCUGUACAAUUUAAAACUGAUGUUUUGAUGCAGUAGGUUAAUAUAUGGUCCAAAUGGUUGUGUCUUGUAACUAUUGCCAUUUAAAAAAAAUUUAACUAGUGUUAACUGGAGUCUUUAGACUCACACUAGAUUGUUUAUAUUACAGUAUAAUGAACAUAAAAUGGCAAAUUAUCAUUUCAUCAAUGUCAGUAUUCUAAACCAAGCAUUGAAACCACUACCAGGUAGAGUAUGCAAGUUUCUGUGGGUGAUAUACUGCUGUGUAGCAUUCAAAAGUUUCUGGUAGCCUACUUAAAUACUGAAUACAUGUACUUUCUGAAUAAAAGCAAACUAUGCAUACUUCACUGGUUUUGUAAUUCAUGAUUUUCAUUUUAUAACUCUUGCAAAAUAGAUAUGUUAAUUUUUCUGUAAUGCAAAAUAAAUGGAUCAAUGGAACAAAAAAAAAA